UCACAACUGUCGGUCGUUGCAAUCCCUUCGUCCCAACCACGUUCGUGAAUCUCACCAACUAGCUCAAGAAAAAAUGUUUAAGACAGUGACCAUAUCUUUCUUGCUGAUGGCACUUUUGGCCAACGGUCUGCCUCGUCCUACAAUCUCUAAAGAGUCUCUGAGGAAUAAAAUAACUCCUUCCAUGACCUUGGUGUUCCAGUCACUCCACGAUGCCGCCACUAUCAAGGCUUCUGAGAAGGAUGGAGACGAACCGCAUUUCACGAUGCCCGAACUGAAUGUCGGGACCGAAUUCACGGAGUUUCGAGACAAGCCAGAAGAUGAUUUCUCAGUAGCCAGGGGAAUUUUCGGUGAUACAGAAUCUGGAAGAAUGCCACGUAUUGUCAUUAUGCCCAUUAUCGCCAUCUAACUGCAAAAUCGAAAUAAUAGUGUUUCAUAACAAUUCAUCAAUUCCCAUGUAACCCACGCACUCGAAUCAUUAUCUAUUAUGUCAUGAAUACAAAAUCUUUAGACUUGUA